GGUCUUAUUUUACCCUGUUGCUGCCUGCUUAUCAUGGUGACGAUAAUCAUUAUUUUGUGCGUGUUGUUGUACCCUGGCGAGGAAGAUUUUGAUGGAAAAGAUAUUGUUGGUAAGUGAUUGAUAAUGAUAGAAAGCCAGGGAUAGGACAAUUGCAGAAGAUAUUUAGUCGCUGUUAUCUAACAGUAAAAAAAAUUGAAAAAAGUGGGAUCUAGAUAAGAUCCAAAAUUUUUAAAAGAGGUUUUACUCGAUAGCUACAAUAUCUGUAUACUAUCGCAGAUGAGAUAUGUUUUGGCCAUUUCAGUCAUGGUAUUGCUUUGUUAAUCUUCCCAGAUUUUGGCGUUAAGUUAUUUUUCACGAUCUAACUCUACCCUCUAACCCUGGAGUCCCAUUGUUCGAGUUAAAAAGCCUUUCAUCUUUUGUAAUGGUAGAUUGCUGAGUCUUUAGAAGGGUACAAAAAUGUGUAAAAUAGCAAUGAAUUGACGGAAUGAAGUUUUAAUCAAUGCUAAACCUAGCACAGCAAACUUUUGAUCUUUGAUGUGAUUAAAUUUCUGCUUAAAUUCCUUAUUCAAUGUUUACUUUUCCAAACUCUCCAGUUUUUGGACAAAAGCCUGUUUCUUCCCCCGAUCUUCGAUAUGGAAAAGUCACCUUUGUAAUCCCUGAGGAUAAAACUUUCCAAUGCAACUCGAAUAUAUUUUCCCCACCCUUCUCGGCUGAAGAAGUGUUUGUUCAAGUGGCACCCUCGCGGUCUAGUGCCAUGACCCGCUCCAUGCUUCAGGCCGUGACAGUCUGGCUCGAGUGGACGAAUUCAACUGGAUUUUCGGCUUGUGUGGAAACUUCAGGACCAUCUCAUGAUAUGCGGGCAAGUAUCCACUGAACAUUUCUGGGAUAAUAUCUACUAAAAUAUAAGUCUAGGGUAUAAGCAAAGCGCGCUGAGGAGAACAGAUGCUAAAUUUCAAAUGUAGUUUUGAGCAGAAAAUAUCGCCGAGAGGACCCUCUGGGGAGGGGAAGGGAAGUGCUUACCCCUUUGCCCCUUCUACCUUCCUCCAUCAUCAUCAUCAUCAUCAUUAUCAUCGUCAUUAUUUUUUAAUUAUAUAUAAAUUUUUUGGCUCCAGAGGCAAGCCUUCUACUAUAAAGUUCGCAACAUUGGGUCUAUCAAAUAAAGAGGUCUUAAUCAUUUCGAAUUUUGCCCUGUAUUCAGCUUCUAAGCAUUAUUUUUUACGAUCAGCGCCAAGAGGGGCAUGAAGCGUAGAGUGUAAAAUCAUUUAUCUACCUAAAGUAAACCACUCAACAUCGCUUUUAGAAAUUUACCUGUUAUCUUAAGCCGCGAUCUAAUUCAGACUUCGUUCAAAUAAUUGAUCACCCUUAUUGUUUUGCAAAGUACGCUUAAAUCUGAGAGGAAAAAUUCUCGUUCCGUAAUUUGUACAACCAUCCAAUCAGUAGAUUAAAUAUAUGGGUCGAUACGGGAUUCUCCGCCUUUCAGUUUUCUAGAUUUUCCAAUGUGUAAAAUUUCUUUAGAUAGUUAACAUGCACUGGUUGGCGUUCCGAGGACAACCAGCAGGAUCCGCAGCUGGAAUUGAAGAGAUUCCAUUUUGGACAAGUGGAACGGCGCACGUUGACAUCGCGUUUUCCUCGGUAAGUCCUAUCUCUUAAAACGCUUGCGCAGUACUUUAACUAUGUAACUUGAAAGCUACAAUCAACCAGCAACCCGUAUCGUGUCUUCUUCAGCUAGAAAUCCCUCGUAGAUGAUAUUCCAGAGGUACUUAACGCCCUUGGGCCUGUGUUUGCGGCCUGACUCGGGAUUGCAUUUUUGGCUUUCCGCUCCGAGUGGGAUUUGCUUUGCAUAGUGGGCCUAAGUAUCUCUUAUAGCCUGUUAAGUCUCUACUUGGCCCACAACGCCCGCCAAAAUCAUUGUAAUCACGUGAGUGAUCAGGCGAACGUUACAAGAAGUCAUAAAACCUGCCCGGGGGGCACUCCCAAAAGGCACGCCCAAAAGGAGUACCUUUUUACGGCUUUAGGUUUGUGAAAGUGUUGGGAUUUCACUUGUUCAAGAAUAUGAAAGGGUAGGAAAAUGUGUCAUUUUGGUCUUUAGAAAGGCCCAAAAUUAAAAGGGUUAACAGAUGUAGUUUAUGGCUGUGUAAAAGUUGAGAAAACUUUCUGGUUUGUAACAUAUUCAUAUUUAAAGAGAGUACACUUAUAGCAGUUAAAAGGGAUGCAAGGUUCUAAACAAGGUAUGUGAAAGGGGGUUCCCUUUCUGGCAAAAGGAGUUAUACGAAAUCUUAAAAAUGGUAUAUGAAUUGGGAAAGGCGCUGACCUCGGUGCGGAGCCUCGCCGUUUAAAACUUUGUUGAGUACCGACCCCUUCUGGCACAACUGUCUGUCGCUUUUGGACGGUUUAUUGCUCAUCAGGUUAGUCCAGCUGUUUAUUCUGAGUAAGAUAAUGACGUUAUCGCUAAACUAUCUAGGAGGCCUUAUCUGGUUCAGUUUUCUCCCUUGUCAACAGAGCCUCAACCCAGCACCAGAGGUCUUUGUUACUCCAAUUCAUCGUUUCCCGAAAGAAAGGAAGGAUGCAGCCUCGGUUUGGAGCCAGGAUAUCACUCAAGAUGGUUUUAAAAUAAUGUUACGCGAAGUUACCAAUUUUAGUGGAAAGCACAAGCUCAUUCAAGUUGUAAGCGAUCUGUAAAUAUGCAUUUAAGCCUUACUUUAACUUGCUUCAUAUUCAAAUGCAAGGGUAAAAAUACAAGCUAAUGAGUAAGAUUGAAAUACGAUUUGAAACAUGUGUAUUAAAAUACAUUGUCAAUAUGUAUCAAAAGGGGGUUUACCCAGUGUUUCAUGAUGUUUGAUGCAAGUAGCAAAAAACGCGUCCUCUAAGUCGUUUCAAUUGGGCAAGCCUAUGAACAGUUUUAAGAAGGAAUGUACACAAAAAUAUUAAUUUUUUUACAACCUGUUAUAAACACAUUUGGAGCUAGUCUCCGCCAGCGCUAUUUCUUGCGACAACCUAUCGCCCUCAUAGUUUGACAUUAACCUUUCUUUUUUUCUCGUAGCAAUGGAUCGCUCUCGUUACAACUCCAAAGGGAUGGAAAAUGCCUGAAAAAUCAAAGAUUAUGUUUAAAAACACAGGCCCUCCGGAGAAACGUCUGCAAUACAGUUUCUGCGAGGUGAAGUAGUUCAUAUAACCUUUUUAGCAGGAUAAAAUGAGUACUGUCGAUUGAAAAAUAGCUUUUGCCUUUAGAAAACUCAAAAUAUACUCUAUUGACUUAGAAUUAUAAGAAGGGUUCUUUGUAUAACUUAUUUCGCAGAAUGUUGCAUUCAAACAGCCUUUUUAUCAGGCUCCAGUUCUUCUGCUUAGCCCAAGCCACAAAUUUAACAGAGCGAACUUGCAGUCGGUUGAUCCUGCAAAUAACGCUAUCACUUCAUGGGUAGAGGUAAGUAUUCGAGGCGUUUUCGUUCUUUUUUUAGUUUUUCUAAUGCUUUUUCACACUGGUGCCCGACCUCGACAUCGACACAAAAUGCCUAGUGCUGUGUGCAGAUGACGGGUAACCGAUAUUGUACAACGCAAAUGCUUGAUUCUUGCAACUGAGUCAGAGGUCAUUUUAAACUGAACGUCUCAAGGAAUUAUGGGUAUAGUAAGAAGUGGAUUGUGGGUCAAAUGCCUCUCGGAACUAAGGCAAACCAACGCGCACAGGGAACUAAGAGCACAGCUAAGUGCUGGUAUGAGUGCGAGUCUUGAUAUGUAUGCACAAGACAUAGGUGUAGAUGUCAUCCCAAACUGAUUAUUUCUUUUCAGAAGUAUCUUCGUUAGGACCUCUUGGCCAUUAUACAAACACCUUUCCCCUCAGUCUGAAAUGCCAGUCGUCUCCGCUCCCCCCCCCCCCUCCAAACCACCACCACCCACCACGCCCGGGGGUUAGGGGUAGAGAAGGGGUUGAAGACGGUUGACAUCUUAGACUAUUCUCUUCUAUUAUUGUGAAGAAUCUUGACACCAUCGGAUUCACGGCGUGUGUGAAGGAUUUGCAGCCGUUCGAUCAACACCAUGAUCCAAUAACUGUUCAUUACAUCGCUUUUGGAGGUAGGGAAAUAAAAGAUAAACUUAUUUACGACAGAAUAAGCCUUUUAUCUUCCAAGAAAGGAGCACUAUCGGUGCAUUGUAGCCCCUUGCUCUCAUCCUCCUUUUCUUCAUUUCAUUAUUAAUACAGGCCGCACAAAAGUUUGGGUAUUUAGUCACUUGGUAAUACACUGAGGCCUGAAGAUAGGACAAUUGCACGAUUACGUCAUUUAAAUAGAUGGUCUCAAGUAAGGGAAUCCAAGACAGUCGUGGAUACUGGAUUCCGCACCAUCGAUGCCGGAUUCCAGGUACUGGAUUCCCGACCAUUUGUUGGUGGAACUUGGAUUCCGGAUUCCUUGAGGUGUAUUCCGGAUUUCACAGCAAAAAUUUGCUGGAUUCCGGCAUCUGGAUUCCCUUAUAUGGAGCGAGACUAGAAAUUCCAGAAUCCUUCAACUUGUCGGUUUCUUGUCCAACAAUGGGAUCGAUAAAUUUGAAAAAGAGAAAGCAAUGACGUAAUGAAUUCUAUCAUUUGUACCCAAAUGUUAUGAUCUUGAAAACGACCUAUUCAAUAAUGUUGACUACUCCUUUCGCUUGCUAUAAUUUCUUUUGUUUCGCAUUGUAUGGUGGUUCUAACUUUUAAGUCUGUGAAUGAAAUGCGGCUUAUGUGUGACCAUUCAAUGAAAAUUACUGAGAACUUCUCCUUUUAUUUGUCAUAAUUUCAUUUGCGUUGUAUGGUAAUUCUAAUUUUGAGUACCUUUCAAUAAAAAUUUAACUGAGGUGUGUGGUCGAAAAAAAAUUCAGUGCUUUCAUAUAUUAAUGCUCAUUAUCGUAUACUACAAGGUAGUCAGUCUAUUGAAAGAAAAUUUCACUCUACAAUAUGCGCGAAUGAUUCCCAUUACUUAAGCCAUAAAAUAGCUGACAGAAGUAUGUUUGACAGCAUGUCAUCAUCGUUAAUAAAGAUUUCUUUCUCUUUAGAUCUAGAUCCUUGCGAUAAACUUCAGUGUUCAUUUUAUGCCAAAUGCAAAGCCUAUGGUCCAUAUAAUGCUUCUUGCGUGUGUGACGAGGAUUCCGACAUUCCUAAUUAUGACGACCAGGUGUGUUCGCAAGAAAAAGUUACCUACCAGAAUUCUGCAUUUUUAGAGCAGGAGUCGUGUUUGAAGAGCAGAAAAAUUAAAGUGAAGCAUCCUGGAAGUUGUGAACGUAAGUUUUUUUUUAUUAAAAUAAGCGAAGGGGAGAAAUUAGCUAUUCAGCCAUACUAGCACGUGCAUGCAAGGGGGCGAAAGCUGCACCGGCAAAAUGCGCGGGAAAAUUUGGUAGAUAAGCAAAGAUUUUCCUAUUGCGUCUACAGGUGAUUGAAGUAAGCAUUUUAAAUUGAAAUUUGCUCUUAUUUUACAGCUUUUUUAUUCUACCGAGGUCGCACGUUCGUUUAUCUUGGAAACGCUGAAGCACAUUGCCGACAAGUAACACUUGAAAACUCCAUUUUCCUCACUCACAAGUUUGUUCAUGUUCAGCUGGCUCCCAACUACUUUAACACAUCCGGGCAAUUCACACACGAAGCCGCGGUAGCCUGGGCUGAAGAAGUUUCAGCUUCAAAAUUUCUCGUUUGCGUGCUCACUGCUGGGAGACUCGACCGCUUACCUCCUGACGGCGGGCUCACUUUUGUGGAUUUUAUAUUGUAUCAAGGGAAUCCAUUGGGUUCAGUAACUGGACACGUGAUUUUGCCAAGUUGGUGGGAUGGCACAACGUGUAAGGAGGUCAGCUUACCACAGGUACUAUAUAGCUUCAAGUAAUAAUGCAUUCGACUCCCCAGUUUGCCCAAAAAUCAGUGCAACGAUCGAUAAAUUUAAUCCAUAGAAUUUAGAGCACUUUUUCCCACGAAAAUGGAAGCCCGGCCUCUUUCUAUCGGAGCGCAUUCCAAGUAUAAAAUAUGAAAAAGCAAAGCAAAACGUCAUUAAACGGUCAAAAAAACCAUUUUCCGGUCUGUAGGGUUUUGCUAACUGGUUUGUGGGACUUUAAAGAUAUUCUUAUUUCGCGCCAAAAUCGUUCUUAACCCUUUCACUGCCAAAUGUGGCCAAAGGCAAAUUUCGACCAAGUUUCCAAAUUUCAUUUUCUAAAAUUUAAUUUCAAACAAAUAGCACCACGUGUAAGUACAGGCAGAGAGCUUUCAUUAUUCUGAAUGAAUGGUCACAUCAUAGGAUUUCCUCCACAGACUCAAAAAGUUAGAGUCACCUUACAAAACUCUAUCAGACACUCUGGCAGUGAAAGGAUUAAAAUAACUGAUGCGGUGACAUGAGUACAUGAAAUUUGCUCGCUCUGGGUUACGGACUCCUUCAUACGGAGAAUAGUAUGUCCAUUCAAGAGAGAACCAGCUCAUUCAUCGCUCCCCUGGUCCACUUCAAUCAGCUACAAUAUUUUACGCUUGAGUCUCUUGUUCUCAUCUGACCACUGUUAUUCCAAAGGACAAGUUUCCGCAGUCACCCUACGUUCUGGUGUCCAGUAAACAUACUUACAGUGGUCGCAAACAUGACGCUGCAACUGUCUGGGCAGAGAACAUCGAGAAAGGGAAAUUCACCGUGUGUUUGCGGGAAAUGCAAAAUUUUGAUGGCAUGCACGAGAAUAUAACCGUUGUAAGUACUUCACAGUUUUGUAUACUGACUCAGUCAACUCCCUUUAGUUAAUAGCGGACAUUGUAGAGACCUCGAGUUUGUGUCCUCAUUAGCGACAUUCCGUAAUAGCAGGUGUUUAUGAUACUGUCAAACGUCUACUACACUGUAUUUACCUUUGCCUGGGAUUUAGCUGCUGUUCGUAGUAAACUGAUCGGGGUGUCCGUUAUAGCGAGGUGUCCGCAAGGCGGAAGUCGACUGUAAAUAAAUUUGGCUUACUGUUUAAAAAGUGGGUCAGCUUUUUUUACAUCAUUUCUUCCUUAAAUUACCUCGAGAGAUUUUUCUCUGGUUUUCUUGUAAGUAGAACGAUUAUAAAAACAAACCUCCAUUGUAGGUCAGUUAUCUCAACCUUUUUUGUCAAGGACUUGGCUCAAAUAUACAGAUAGUGGACAUGCCGAUGUUUCGCCGUUUUUAUAUGCAAACAUUAUAGAAGAGACAUUUGCACCCUUGCGUUAUUUCCCUUUCUUAUUUCUUGCUUUUGCUAUAGGAUUGGAUGGCAUUUCUUGAGUUACCAGACGAAAUGAACGCAGAAUGGCAUAACGUUGCAUUUACUAAUAAUCCUGGACCCGAGUUAUUAAGUGUAACUAACUACGCAUUUUGCCAGGUGAGUCGACUCGAGCAGUGGUAAAAUGUAAUUCAAUUCAAGGAAGGCAUCGAAAAGAAGCAGGCCAUAGCAGCGCUAAUUACUGGCCUGGGGAACAAACUUUUAUUACAGGGGCUGGUCCACUGUUCUUAUUAGGGUCUAUCAGUAAGACAUUAAUUGAUUUUACGAAAUUUUUUAAGAGCCGGAAAAGUAUGGUAAACUUACUCCCGUGGUUUCUUAUAAUAUCUUUUCCUUAGCAGGAGCCCAUAGGGUAAAUGGGCUCUUGGUCAUAGUUUGUGCAAGUUAGAGUUCGCUCAUAGUUCUUUUUCUCGACUAGAUGAAGUCUCUGUGCAAUUCUUCUUGUCACAUUGCAUUUCAUACUUCAACCUAAAGAGCAGAGGAGAGUCAUGCGCCUUUGUAGUUCACUGGUCUAGCUCGCUUAGCUAUAUAUGAUUUCAAACGGUCUUUCUAUACAAAUCACUUUUGAAAUGCUAAAUUUAUCUUGACAGACUGUCAGCUUCACCUCAAUUUUCUCAGAAGCACCGUUUGUAAUCGUAUCCGGUAGUCACAGCACUCAUCACGGAAGCAUGCCUAUUGAACACAAUAGUAUUGCAACAUGGGUUGAGGUAAGAAGAGAAACUCAUUUUGUUAUAUUUUGGGAAAUUUUUCCCAACAGUGUGCGCUCUCAUUGGUUACUUUGAGGUCACAUUACAUCUAGCAAUAAAACUGUUUUCUGCCAAAAUCUCUGAGCGGGCAAAAUUGCAAAAUCUAUGAAGUCAGAGGGUAACAGUAGAGAGAUUAAGAUUCACUUUUACCGCAAACGGCAAACGUCUGACUCAGGUUGAGAAUUUCUCAGAAUAGGAAAUAAGCAGAUAAAAACAGUCCCGAACGAUUCCUAUGGUUAAAACCGGCAUAAAACUACUUAUUUUUGUGUACAAGCAAUAAAGAGCAAACGGAAAAUAAGGGGAAAACUUGGUCACGUGGUACAAAUUCACGUCUGCCCUUUGGCGUAAACGUGAAUCUUAAUCUCUCCAGUGCAAUGUUACCCGCGAAUGUUGACCGACGACCGCCGUUACAGGAGGCUUAAGCUUUCCCCACCCUAACCGCAAGCCACACAGAUGUCUGGUUAGCUUUUUAUUAGAAGAGCGCCGGUCGAAUAAAAGGUCCUGGUUUCGAGUUCUGGCCAGACCACUAAACAGGGUCUUUGAACUGCGUCAUGUGGCACCAAAAGAGAAUCCGUUAAGAAAGAGAUUCUUCCAUCCUAGUCUUUAGGACUGUCGUUCAACCUUUCUUUGCCAGGACAUACACCAUGAUCGGUAAUCGCCGCAAUAUGUAAGGCGUUCCCUCGUACCCCCUUUUAAAUCCACAUGGACACUGACAUUGUUUCUCGUUUUCCCUUUACAGAAUAUUAACAUGUUCUAUUGCCGUGUGUGUAUGAAAGAGUUGCAUACUCCUUCUGGUUAUGAUCCGGUGUCCAUUACAUUGCUGGCAAUAGGUAGGAAUCCUUCUUAA